GCAGAGAACACAGCAGCAGCAGCUUUACGCAGCGUUACGCAGCGUUUCCAACAACACCGUUUUGAACGUUUUCGACUUUUUCUGAAGCUUGACAAACUUUUUCUUUUUUUCUUUGAGCAAAAACUCAGAGAACAAAACAUGAGUCACGUCGACGUAAACAACCUGGAGCCCACCAGCUUUGAAGCCAAAUACUACGACGAAUACGAAUAUUAUAACUUAACCGAUAAAUACGCAGAAGGCUCAGCACGGAAAGGCAGGACAAAGAAGGAAGCCAGCGACAACACCAACAGACCAAACCCUGGAGGACACGAGCGCAAGAUUGUUGAAAAACUGCAAAACAGCGAGAAGAAAGCCAAGGCGUGAAGCAUGAGGACGACUCGGACGGCUUAACCCGGACACGACUAUGAGAUGAGAUGUGCAGACAGAAGGAGCGUUCAGACCUCCUAUUGGGCGAGGUUUCACCUGGGCGUGAGGAGGAGACCACGGAUCCAGAUGUUCCAGCUGCAGCUUCACCGUGCAGCAGCAGCAGCAGCACGUGGCUCCUCCGCCCGUAGGUGCCGUAAAGCAGUCACCUGUGGUGGCGUGCACCCGGUCCCUAGCUCGGACCGCGUGGGUGCACCUGUGAUUGUGGUGGUGGCGGUUGGGUGAUUUUUAUGUGUUGAUGAGUUUUCAAUGAAUUUUUAAAAGUUUGUUACUAAUAAAAAUAUUUUUUAAAGGA